AUGGCGAAGCCACCCACAGACAAAGACAUGACAAAGUCAAACUCCCACAUGCUUCCUCCGUCGCCCACCCACUCCUCCUCUUCCUCCGACUUCGAGUUCACCAUCUCCAUCUCUCCCCGAAAAUUCUCCUCCUCCGCCCUCUGCCCCGCCGACGAACUCUUCCGCGACGGCCACCUUUUACCCCUCCACCCCUCCCACAGCUUGCCUUCCGUAGUCCCAACCCUCCUUCCCUCCUCCUCCUCCUCCGCCGCCCGUGACUCCUCCGGCAGCUCCAACGAUUCCCAGCAUUCCUUAUUCACCGCCACCGAUUGCGACUCCUCCCGCCCGAGCUCUGUCACGGACGACGAUGACGUCAAACGAUUUAACAACCCGCUGUUCUAUCCCCAAGCCACUCGAUUCCAAUCCCAUAGAGAGAUUAACAAGAUCAACAAGACGAGCACGACGAACAAGUACUUAUCAUCUACCUUCUCGAGAUUCUCCUCCGUGUUCCGGAAAGAACCGGGUAAGACCCGAGAUCCGGAUGGCGUAUCCGGAUCGUCGGUGAGACGCGUGAGCGUUACGGCGAGAGAGGUUGUUAGGAAGUAUUUGAAGAAGGUGAAGCCGUUGUACGAGAAGUUUUCGCAGAAACAGAAUCAUCAGCAGAGGACGGAGACUACUAACGGAGCAAAACCGACGUCGUUUUCGUCUCUGUUGGCGAGAACAGAGAGAUCAACUGCGAAAGAAGCGGAGAAGAAACAAAUAGGGUCGGUGAUGCUUUCUCAUUCUUUCUCGGGAAAUCUGAGGCACCUGAGGAGGAAGAGAAGCUGCGUUUCGAGCUGUCCUUCGUCGAUGAGAUCCUCGCCAACUCACUCCGGCGCGAUUUCUCGAAGCGGUGGCGUCGCCGGAGGGAUGUACUAUAGCAGCUACAAUUCGUCGACGAUGGAGGAGUUGCAGAGCGCAAUCCAGGGUGCGAUAGCACACUGUAAGAACUCAUGGAUUCAGGAAAAACCAAUGGUCAGCAACGAAAUCUAA